UUGGUGUUAGCUGUCAGCCGGGUUCAGUCAUUGUGCAGGGAUGGAGGUGACACGAAAAAAUUAUAAAGACUGUUUGAACACGGUGUACAGCGCGAUAGAGGAUGCCGACUUCCUUGCCAUCGAUGGAGAAUUUUCAGGGAUAAGCGACGGCCCCAAUGUCAGUGCACUAACCAACGGGCUUGACACACCAGAGGAGCGAUACACGAAGCUUAAAAAGCAUUCCAUGGACUUUCUACUCUUCCAGUUUGGAUUAUGUACAUUCAAAUACGACCAGGCAAAGUCAAAGUAUAUCACGAAGCCGUUUAAUUUUUAUAUAUUCCCGAAACCAUUCAACAGGACUUCUCCUGACAUUAAGUUCAUCUGCCAAAGUUCCAGUAUUGACUUUCUGGCCAGUCAGGGAUUUGACUUCAACAAGGUGUUCUGUCACGGAAUCCCGUACCUAAAUCAAGACGAGGAAGCCCAGCUGAGGGAGCAGACGGAGGAGAGGAGGAAUCAGCAUGCUAACGGUGUAGGGACACCAUCCUACAUCUCUCCAUCCUCCAAAGGUGCUGCAAAUGUACCCGAGGAGCAUAAAGACUUCAUCAACAGGGUGGUAGAGAAAGUUGAGGCCCUCUUCACCAACUCAGAGAAGACUUUGGACCUGGAGCCAUGCACUGGGUUUCAGAGAAAGCUGAUAUACCAGACACUGAACUGGAAGUUUCCCAAAGGGCUUCAUGUGGAAACCAUUGAAACAGAAAAGAAGGAGCGAUACAUCCAGGUGAGCAAAGUGGAUGAAGAGGAGAGGAAGAGGAGGGAGCAGCAGAAACUGGAGAGAGAGCAGGAGGAGCUAAAUGAUGCUGUUGGCUUCUCCAGGGUGAUCCAUGCCAUCUCUAAAUCUGGCAAACUCGUGGUUGGCCACAACAUGCUGUUGGAUGUGAUGCACACCAUCCACCAGUUCUACUGCCCACUUCCAGAGGACCUCCAAGACUUUAAAGAGGUCACGAUGUGCGUCUUCCCAAGAAUUCUGGACACAAAGUUAAUGGCUUCCACUCAGCCGUUUAAGGAGCUGAUCACUAACACCUCUCUGGCAGAGCUGGAGAAACAGCUGAAGGAGAGCCCCUUCAAGUCACCACAAGUUGAAACGGACGAGGGGUUCCCCAGUUACGACACAGCCCAGGAGCAGCUCCAUGAGGCAGGGUACGAUGCCUACAUCACUGGCCUCUGUUUCAUCUCCAUGGCCAACUACCUGGGCUCUUUCUUGACUCCACCCAAAGCUUACAUCUCAGCUCGAUCCAAACUCAUUGAGCCUUUCUUCAACAAGCUUUUCCUGAUGAGGAUAAUAGAUAUUCCCUACCUCAACAUCACAGGACCAGAUCUGCAACCCAAAAGAGACCACGUCCUGUACGUCACCUUCCCAAAAGAAUGGAAGACCAGUGACCUCUACCAGCUCUUUAGUGCCUUUGGGAACAUCCAGGUUUCAUGGAUAGAUGACACAUCAGCAUUUGUGUCCUUAAGUCAAACAGACCAGGUGCAGAUAGCUAUGAACACCAGCCGCUAUGCAGAGAGCUACAGGAUCCAGACGUAUGCAGAGUACGUCCAGGGCAAGCAGCAGCAACAGGAGAAGGAGAAGAUCGGUCAGACCGCCAAAACCUGGGGAGAGGACGGCUGGGUGAAAGCUCACUACACCUCAUCCACUACCAGUGGUUUUGGAUAUUCCAGGGCUUUGAGAAAACGCAGCAUCAGCCCGGUUCAGGGAGAACAGGGGAGUGGAGAACCUGUAAUUACAGACGGCUGGAGUCACUACUCGUACCCAGAUAGCACCGGCAGCAAGAAAAUGAAAACUGAUGAUACAAGUGGACAGGCAAAUGCUGAGGCUGUCGAGAGCAAGACAUCAGAGGGGUGGCUAAAGACGGGAGAUGCAUCAGAUUCAGCAGGGUUAAGUCCAGUCCCUGAUGAGGAGGAAAGUCCCGAGGGCACAGAUCCAGCUGAUGAUGCUGACGGGACGAUCACCUGGCAACAAGCCCCGGCAGUCCACGGGAGGAAAGGUCAAAAGAACAAGAAAAAGAAGUCUGAAGCGGCGGAGUCUACAACAUCGCUGUUCGAAGUCCCAGAAGUCUGGUAGCGAGAAGUGGGACGUGGAGAGGCCACUGUCCCGCACUGGGCUCCUGCUCAGAGUCUCUUCCUAAGCACUUGGGGCACUUCCUGAAUGGUCGUACAUCACUGGGAGUGGUGCAUGCCCUAAAUUCAUUCGUUCACUCAACAGCUGUGGAUACCGUGUCCAAAGCUACCAGCCAAACGUCUUGACUGGACUAUUGAAAGAGAGAACACAAGCCAUAACGACAGCUGCCAUAUUUUGAUCUUGUACCACAGAGGAGCAGGAAACUCUACUGGGUAAACACACACACACACACACACACACACAUAUAUACCACGAGAUCUUGAAAAUCUUAAGUGCAGAAAUGUUCAUUUAUCCUGAUGUGUCCAGACUGGGAUCUGCCACCACAGCCAUGCUAUCACUUUGGAACCAUUCAUCAAUUUUAAUGACACGUCACCUCGAAUCAGUCUUAAAUUUUGGGAGCGUGAGUUGUGUGCGAGUUUGCAUGUGAGGGAGAUGUACUUUUUUCUCUAGUCUUUGUAUCCCUGUGAAUCCGUUUUCAUAAAUUGUGAGAGAUAAAAUACCACUUGACAGGUCCUGUAGUUUACAAUGUCAGGGUUAUUUAGUAUUUUAAUGCAGUCAGAUAUUUUUUCCAUUUUAAAAAGAAAAAAACGUAAAUUCUAUCAACUCCUCCAGUUUUAUCAUAUAAGCUUAUCAAUGAUAAUGUGAUAUUUAUGAUUGGUGGCAUUUUGAUCCUUCAUGAGGUGCUUGUUUUUUUUUUGUUUGUUUUUUUUUGUACAGAAUUGUUUUCUUUACUUUUUUGUGUUGAAUGUUUUGUAACUGUGUCAACCCUGAAACAAUGUCAAAGUAUGUUCAAAAGGUGUAAACGUUAAGAAGACGUGUACAUUUUUGUAUAAGAUAAAGUUUAAAAAUCCUGAAAUAUUUCCUUGGA